UACCGGGAGCCGGGUCGGGAUGGGGGAAGAUGCGAGCGGACGCCGGCGGUCGCCGGGCAUGGAGGCUGGAGUGGGCGCUGUGGCCUAGAGGGCCGGGCUUGGGGUUCCCCUCGGACGCGGCGGAACCGCCGUGAUCGGAGAAGGUCUUCGGGCACCAUGGAGGACAAACGCAACAUCCAGAUCAUCGAGUGGGAGCACCUGGACAAGAAGAAGUUCUACGUGUUUGGCGUGGCCAUGACCAUGAUGAUCCGCGUCAGCGUCUACCCCUUCACCCUCAUCCGCACCCGGCUGCAGGUUCAGAAAGGCCGGAGCCUCUACCACGGGACGUUCGACGCCUUCGUCAAGAUUGUGCGGGCGGACGGUGUGACUGGCCUCUACCGGGGGUUCCUGGUCAACACCUUCACCCUCAUCUCUGGCCAGUGCUACGUCACCACGUACGAGCUCACCCGCAGGUUUGUCGCCGACUACAGCCAGAGCAACACGGUCAAGUCGCUGGUGGCCGGUGGCUCGGCCUCCCUCGUGGCCCAGAGCAUCACGGUGCCCAUCGACGUGGUGUCCCAGCACCUGAUGAUGCAGCGCAAGGGCGAGAAGAUGGGGCGCUUCCAAGUGCGAGGGGCCCCCGGGGGCCGAGGGCUGGCUGCCUUUGGCCAAACCAAGGACAUCGCCAGGCAGAUCCUGCAGGCUGACGGGCUCCGAGGCUUCUACCGAGGCUACGUGGCCUCCCUGCUCACCUACAUCCCGAACAGCGCCGUCUGGUGGCCCUUCUAUCACUUCUAUGCAGAGCAGCUGUCGCACCUCUGCCCCAAGGAGUGUCCGCACAUCGUCUUUCAAGCCGUCUCAGGGCCCCUGGCCGCGGCCACCGCUUCCGUCCUCACCAAUCCCAUGGACGUCAUCCGAACCCGGGUGCAGGUUGAAGGCAAGAGCUCCAUCAUCCUGACCUUCAGACAGCUGAUGGCAGAGGAGGGGCCAUGGGGCCUCAUGAAGGGCCUCUCGGCCAGGGUCAUCUCGGCCACGCCCUCCACCCUGGUCAUCGUGGUGGGCUACGAAAGCCUCAAGAAACUCAGCCUCCGGCCCGAGCUGGUGGACUCGAGACACUGGUAACCGGCGGCGGGGCGCGAACCCUGCCACUUCCCACAGUACUUCGGGGCGGGGGGCGCCCUCUCCAGGGGCCCCCUGCACACGCGCAGCCCCACCCUGGGCCAGGUGGCCUGGGAGGGACAGGGCAGGGACUCUGGACUGCUCUUGCUGAAGAGGCUCCGCACCUGGACCCCCUGCCCCCCACCCCCCGGUAGUUUUUAAUUUUCUUGCCAAACUGGGCUCCCUGCUCAGUCCCCGCACUCAGUCCCCAUGCGAGGAACCCGGUCCCCAGCGAUCCCACGCCCGGUGCCCUGCGGACCCUCCCGCCGCCGUCUGCGGCCCUGAGAUCUGACGAGCCGUGGGCAGCGCCCGCUGCCGGGGCUGCUCCCCGUCCCGGGCUCUCAGCCCGACGUCCCGCGGCCGCCGUCAGCCCCUCUCUGCUUCACCUCCAGCGAACGCCUGCUGGUUUUCACUUUGGGACUGAGCUGCCCUCCAGACUCUUCCGCCAUUGCCUGCCCCGGGGCGAGGUGCCAGGCACUCCUGCGCGGGCAGUGGGGGCAGUGAGCCCUGCGGUUCUCCAGAGUCCGUGUCCUCUCUUUGGAGAGUUAUUAGGUUGGGGACAGAUGUUGAUACUUUAUUUUGUGUGCGUGUUUUUUUUAACACCUGUGAACUAGUACUGUCAGUCCCGCUGUAGCCUCGGUCCUGCAGUCGAGCCCACCCCCCCUCAGGAAGCUUUCCCUCCGUGCCCAUCACCCAUCACCCGCCCCCCGGCCUUUGGAAGCCGCGGCCCAGGACGUGCAAGCUGCCGGCCCCUCUGGCCCCGGUGACUCCAGGGGCGGCCCAGUCCUGAGUGGGCCAGGCUGUCCCCGCGCGCUGCACUGGGAGUACUGCCCUGAGAAGCCAGGCAGAGAGAGUCAUUUGGAAGGUGACGCGAGGGCACACGGCCCUGGACCGGCCUGGCGAAGCCCAGGAGAGGGCAGCGAACGUUCUCUGCCCGGGCGGGUCAUGACGCCCAGGCGGGUCAUAACGUACACGCCCGAACCAGUCACCAGGACUAGCGGAAACAGAUGUGUCACCGUGGGAACCUCUGAGACGAGAACUGUUCGUGAAGAGUCAGCCCAGUCGCGGCUGUCCCGAGGGAGGCCUGGGGGAGAGGAAGGAGCCGGUCAGGAGGCCCCCCGAUACCGGGACCACUGCAUCUACCAGCCGAUACUGCCGAGACUCCCUGUUGAAGCUCUUGGGGGGGGGGACAGCGAGCCCUCCUCCCCGCAGCCGCGGUGGGCAGAGGCACAGCCCGCAAGUGAGGAGAAGGCAGGGCAGACCCUGCCCUUGUACUUGAGACGCCUGGCGGGUGACCCUGCACACGUCUUAUGGGUCCCGCCCCUGGGAAAGGCCCGGUGCCCAUCUGAAAGGUGCUAGCUCCCUGAAGCCUCUGCUUCUAACGGCUGCCCUCCACUGUCGCCGGAUCAGAGCCCGAGGGCCCCGUUCCUACCUGCCCCUGACCUUCCAGAGGUAUUGCCCCUCUCACCUCUCUCCAUUUUUGUUUGUCCUGCUUUCCCUUUGUCAGGAGUCCCCAGUUUAUAUCCACAGAUGGUCACCCAGAGGGUCCUCAGGUGACCCUGAACCUCCCUGCCCCGCAGGCACCCAUUCACCCCAAGAACCACCAACGCCAUGGAGGCCGGGGCCCCUCGUCUCUGAGCCCACCCUGGUGAGACCCUAGUGGCGCCCCAGAGGCCGGGGAGGCGGGGGUGGGGGGCCUGCCCCGCAGCGCCCCUCCCGCGCACGCUCUCCCAGACACGUACACGCGCACACGCCGCCUCACACGCACACAACACAUUCACAUGCACGCAGUCUCACACACUGACACACAGCACACACACGCGCGCCCGUUGGAAAGGACGUGCAUCUGGUGGCAGGGACCCCGGCCGUGACCUCCCCAUCGGAGAGCUCAGGGUCCGGGGCAGAGACCGUCGGCCGCACCCGCUGGUCCCCGGCGAGCGGCCCGAACUGGAAGGGGCGGGAGCGCGCGCAGUGGGCGGGCACUCCCUGUUGCACUGUACGAGGUCUCUGAACUGUAAUUAAAAGUUUUUCUCGAGUC